AAUUUCGACUGUGGAGUGCACACGGGAUCAAUUGACCUUGUUAAUCUCUUCGCAUGAAAAGCAUAGAGCAAGAGAUGUGUUGGAUGAAGAUUUGCUCCAUAUCCGAUGAUGCUGUUCGCGCUAGUGAAAAUGCCACUAGCGCGGACAGCUUCAACCUCGAAAGUUCUCAGGUCGACAUCAGACAACAUUCAAGGUCGACCAUGAUCCUCCGAAAUGUAGCCAUACGGCAUGGCCGGAAGGCGCUCGCCGCCCCAACCCCUCGAUCCCUCCUGCGAACCCUCACAACAGAAACCCUCGUCGAAGAUCGCGAAGCAAUCGAGCACUCAAUAGACAACCAUUGGAAAGAGACAGGGGCGAAUCUGAACCAACUAUAUACCACAAAUGCAUUGCACCCCACGCGAGAUCCCUCCGAAUCGAUCAAAAAAGUACAAAAAGACUUCAUCCUCCGACAGCACAUCAAGAAACGCACCUCCCACAUAGGCUCCAACAUCACGCCUCACUACGAACCCCACCAACUACUCAUCAACCCCCCGCGACCUGAAGAUGUGACGCUGGAGCUCUUGAUGGCGAGUCAAAGCCAUCUCGGGCAUGCAACAAGUCUCUGGAACCCAAUGAACCAGCGCUACAUCUACGGCGUCCGCCAAGGCGUGCACAUCAUAAGCCUAGAAGUAACAGCAGCGCAUCUUCGAAGAGCCGCCAAAGUAGUAGAAGGCGUCGCCUACCACGGCGGCCUCAUACUCUUCGUGGGCACACGGCCAGGACAAGCCGCCUCGGUCGUCAAAGCCGCGAAACUAGCGCAAGGCUGCCAUCUCUUCGAGAAAUGGAUUCCCGGUACCAUCACAAAUGGAGAUCAGAUACUAGCGAAGUGUGAGGUGAAGGUGGUGGAUGGACUAGAUAAGAAGGUUGAGGGCUUCGAGGAGAAAGCUGCGGAGUGGAAAGCGCUGAGGCCGGAUUUGGUGGUCGUCUUGAAUCCCAGGGAGAAUUAUAUCCUGUUGCAUGAGUGUGGGCUUAAUAAUAUUCCAACGGUGGGUGUCAUUGACACGGAUGCGGAUCCGACGUGGGUUACGUACCCGGUGCCGGCGAAUGAUGAUAGUUUGAGGUGCAUACAAGUCAUAGCCGGCGUCCUCGGCCGUGCCGGUGAAGCGGGGCAGAAAAAACGUCUUGAAGCCGCGAAGAAAGGGGAUAUAACUUGGCUUCCUCCUCCUGGUCUCGGGAAACCGAAGGAGGAAGAGGAGAAGGAGAACAAGGCUGCGGGGCCAGGAGAGCCUAAGGGGAAGGGAGUUGAGCUGAAUGCGGAUGAGGUGGAGAGUGGGAGGAGGAGCAGACCGGGUUCCCGCGGUUUAGAGGAGGAGGAUGACGACUAGAACUGUAGGAUAUGAUAUGAUGGGUUUUAGAUGUACAAAAUAGAUGUGUACAGUCCAUGGGAUGGUGUUUCAAGCUGGAUGCUGUGCCAUUAUUCGAAUCCUCUCUCUUUGAUCUUCAAUCUUCAAUUUUCUUAGCCUUGACUAGGGAAGCUCCCAACUUUAUCUCCUCGUCAAUUCGUACUAUUUCC